AUGCCUCUGGGGUUCGACUCCGGCUCCCGUUCCCGCACGCGCGCGCGCGCGACGACGACCGCCCGCCCCCGCGCCGCGGCGGUCGAAGUACUUGUGGUGCGCUCACUCCCAGGGUUCGACUCCGGCGUCCCUUCCGUUCCCGCGCGUGCGACGACGACGCCGGCCCACCACGCCGCGGCGAUUCGCCCCCUCCGAGUUCUGGCGAGGCGGUGCGGGGGCGAGGAGGGCGAGGCGGUGCGGGGGUCCUUGCUGCGGCGCUCGUUCUGCAACGGCGAGCACGGGGAAUUGGAAGAUGGUGGGGCUGAGUUCCUGCUUAAUGCCAUUGACAGGUUUCCAUUACGAGAGGAGUUCGCGGACAACCUCGAGCACCCAGAUCCGGUUCCCCCGGUCUUGUUGCCAAACAGCGGAGCCGGCCUUGCCGUUCCUGCAGACUCAAAUACUGGAUCUGGUUGCGCUCAACAGCUCGGCGGCGAUGGGAAUGAUAUGGCAGGACUUCGAGUCCGCCGUCGUGCGGAUGCAUCACCGACGAGGUCGGCCCCGUUUACUGACAGAGUCAAUCCAGAGGCAUCUGGGAGGACAAAAAAAGGUUAUGGUUGGACAGUGAGCCAUCAGAUGACGAUGGACUCUAAAGUCACGGGCUAUAGAGUUGAUUGGCUAAAGAAGUUCAUGUUCCCGGUGCAUUUCAUGGAUUGCCGGUCAUUAUAUAUCCUGGAUACCGAGAAGAUUAUGAUGGUGCUUGACCCAACGGAGACAGAUCCGUCGGAUGAGAUGAAAAUCAAACAUGGGCCGCUAGCAAGGAAGUUUCAGCAGAAGUUAUGCACCAUAUUCAGUGACAUGUUCGGAGCCGGUUUGGUUGAGACCACUGGAUGGUCGUUUGUGUACCCUUUGGUGGCGCAGCACAAGCCAUGCAUUAGGCGUGUGGAAGACAGUGGCGUAUAUGUCGCUCACUACGAGCUGGAGUUCACCGGUCUAUACCUUUAAUCAACUAUAACCCAGGGUCAGAUCGAGCACCUGCGCAAGAAGAUUGCAUACGAGAUAGUGAACAUGAAGGGGAACAAGGGAGAUACCCCGGAGUUCCUGUACGAGGAGAUCAUUGACUGACGAGAAAGACAUUAGCAAUUCCAGUCUGCAUGCAGUUUUGGCUGUGCGUGUACUUAUCGUUAAAUGGGCACAUUUGAGUUCUAGUGUUAUUUUGCAUCAGAAAACCCUACUAGCAUUGUGCAUCUGGAAAGCUAUGGGCAUGGGAUGUAUUCCUAAUGGAGAUCUAAUUAGAGUAAUUUGAACUAUGUACGUGUUAGAGAUUAUGUGAACAGAUGACGAUCUGUCUGAAUUUAAAUAUGCUGCAACUACUUCUGGUUA